AUGUUAGGAUGUAAGCCUGCAGAAUCACUCAUUGAAGCUAAUCACAAGCUUCAAGCUGGAGUAGGAAGUCUGGUUGAUAUAGGCAAGCAUCAGAGAUUGGUUGAGAGACUGAUUUAUCUUUCCCAUACUACACCAGAUAUUACCUAUGCUAUUAGUCUAGUGAGUCAGUACAUGCAUGACCCUCGGGAAUCUCACUUAGAAGCUGUGCAUCGAAUUUUGAGAUAUUUAAAAUCAGCCCCAGGUAGAAGAUUGUUAUUUUCUACAAAUUGCCAUUUGAAAAUAAAAGGCUACACAAAUGCAGAUUGGGCUAGUUCUCUUGAUGAUAGAAGAUCAACCGCAGGUUAUUGUGUUUUUCUCGGUGGAAACUUGGUCACAUGGAGAAGCAAGAAACAAACUGUUGUUGUUAGUCCAGUGCAGAAGCUGAGUAUAAAGCUAUGGCACAAGGAAUCUGUGAACUUCUACAGUUGCAUAGAGUGA